AUGUCCAGCUUUGAAUACGCACCGCUCCUCGAAAACGGUGGCCAUACAGGUCAUAGAAACCUUUCUAUCACUCGUCGAGUCGUCAACUUCAUGAAAGGCGAGGGUGAGCCAUCAUGGACCCAAUCGUUCAAGUUCUUUAUUUUUGGGACAUGGUUCGAUGUCCUACUGGUAUUCAUACCUUUAAGCUUCAUAUCCCAUAACAUGGACUGGGAUGUUGGGCUUGUAUUUUUCUUUAGCUUCAUGGCCAUCUUGUUGGGCGAGGCAACUGAUCAAUUGUCCGUCAAAUUGGGGGAAACUAUGUCAGGUCUCCUUAAUGCAUCCUUUGGGAACGCCGUUGAAAUUAUCGUCGGCGCUGCUGCUUUACUCAAUGGUCAAUUACGAAUUGUUCAGAUGUCUAUGCUGGGAUCGAUCUUGUCAAAUAUACUGCUUGUCCUUGGUUGUUCGUUUCUUGCCAGUAAGGGACCUCUGUUCUUUCAAAGGGGACUUAUGACUCUCUCGUGUAUUACGCUUGUUAUUCCUGCGGCGUAUACAAGUAUCACAGACGUUGGAAAGCAGAAAUAUUGCAGUGACCCCGACCAAUGUCCCACUGCAGGUCUACUCUUUAUUUCCAGAGGAACUGCCAUAUUGCUCCUAGGAGUUUACUGUGCCUACAUUUGGUUUCAGUUAAAAACCCAUCCCGACCUCUUCAUUGCGCCUUCUCCACUUACGGAUGAACAAAACAGUGAGAUGGCGGAAACGGAGCCUCGCAUGGGAACGGCCGCUGCUGGUGUUGCACUUUUAUCAGUAACUGUCGUCAUUGCAUGUUGUGCUGAGUAUCUGGUUGCCUCCAUGGAGGAAACUGCAGUCCGAUAUUCCAUCCCGAAGGCCUUCAUUGGUGUUGUCUUGUUGCCGAUCGUGGGCAAUGCUGCAGAACAUGUAACUUCAGUCUGGAUGGAAAUGAAGAAUAAAUACGAGCUCACUAUCACCAUUUGCGUUGGUAGUUCGAUUCAAAUUGCCUGCCUCGUAGUGCCACUUUUUGUGAUUGCCGGUUGGAUCGUCGACCAACCCCUGACGUUGCACUUCCAUAACUUCGAGACACUUGUCCUCUUUGUAUCUGUCUUUCUGGUCAACCUAUUACUCAUGGAUGGGAAAGCAAAUUAUAUGGAAGGUCUCAUGCUCCUCACCCUCUACUUGGUUAUUGCCCUCGCAUUUUGGGUGGCCUGAGUUCUAAAACUAUUGGCGAUUGUUAUUGUAAUUAUAAUUAUUGGCGGUAAAUGUUUCCAAACACGUUCCUUUCUGACUAGUAUGCCUCCUUCGAAGUCUGUCAUAGUCUGUGCGAGUCAUGCUUUCAUGAAGUUCCACUGAAGUAAUAUAUGUAUUCUGAGGAAAGGAGUCAGAUAAAUAUCCAGUCACUUCGACGCACCAACUGUACAGUACCACGGUGGAGCAGGCCGAGGGGCUCGCAGCCCAGAGACAGAGCAACCAAGCUGGAAUGAGGUGAAGCUACGCG